AUGGUCGAUUUUCCAUCCACGAUUCCACCCGUCCACGAAGUGCAAUCGUGGUGCAAAUCGCAGAAGUCAAUCAUUAUCCUGAAAUUAACCCGCUAA